AUGAUCCAGCGUAGCGGACCGACUCUGCCGGUUAACGCUCAGCCAGAUUUGAAGAAAACUGGUAGCGAAUCGAAUUUACUCACUAAAAUGAAUCUAAAUCUAGCACCGGCCAGUAUAUCUGGUAGUAUGACGCAUUUGGCCGGUGACAGCGAGAGGAAACGAAACGAUAUGACAUCAGACUUGCCCAAUUCUGAGAACGCGUGCGACUCAUUUGCUACUACCAAUAAAGUUUAUGAGACUGACAUACUGUGA